UCAGUUUACCCCAACAGAGAGAAGACAUCAAUAGAUAUGGUGUGAGCGAGAUGGAGAACUCCUCCGUGCUCCCCUCGGACGCCCCCCUCUUCCCCACUCCCCAUCCACAGACCUUCUGGAUCAUCUCCCUCAUGUCUGCUGCUUGGCCUUCGUCCUGGGCGUGCAGCGGGCUGGUGCUCUGGGUGGCGGGCUUCCGAAUGAGCCGCACGGUCACCACGGUCCUGUUCCUCAACCUGGCGGCCGCGGACUUCGCCUUCACCGCCUUCCUGCCCUUCGUCAUCAGCAGCACGAUCCUGCAGCCGCACUGGCCCUUCGGCUGGUUCCUCUGCAAGCUCCUCAGCUUCCUGGCCGUCCUCAACAUGUUCGCCAGCGUCUUCCUGCUGACCCUCGUGGCCCUGGACCGCUGCGUCUCCGUGCUCUGGCCCAUUUGGGCCCGGAACCACCGCAAGCCCCGUCUGGCCGCCCUGGCCGCCGCCGGCGUCUGGAUAUUCGCCUUCGCCUUCUCGCUGCCCACGUUCAUCUUCAGGACCACGGACACGGAGGACGAGAUCACCUUCUGCUACUUUGAAUUUAGAAACUUGGACGAGGCGGGGGAGGACGAGGAGUACGUGGACUUCUGGGCUGAGAACCGCCACUGGUCCCUGGUGCUGACCCGCUUCUCCCUGGGCUUCCUCAUCCCCCUCCUCAUCAUCAGCGUCUGCUACGGGCUCAUCACGGCCAAGCUGUGGAGCGGGAUGCGCAGGGUGCGCUCCAGCCGGCCCUUCCGGAUCCUCACGGCCGUGGUGGUCGCCUUCUUCCUCUGCUGGCUUCCUCACCACGUGCUGGGCAUGGUCGAGGCUUCCGUCUACGCCCACCCUCAGCUCGCCCAGGUUCUGCCCUACCUGAGCCCGUUCUCCUCCUCGCUGGCCUUCGUCAACAGCUGCCUCAACCCCCUGCUCUACGUCUUCAUAGGUCGGGACUUCAGGGAGAAACUCUUCCGCUCCCUGCCCGCCGCCCUGGAGAGGGCUCUGAGCGAGGAGUCCGCCGCCACGGGGGCCACCGGCAGCAGCUCCGUCUCUGCGGCCCCCGCGACCGUCACCGAGACAUAGGCUCUGUGAGGAGACUCCAAUCUCGGGGGUCUCUGGGGGCUGCCUUGGUGCCUGAUAAUCUUUCUUCUUCUGCAGUCCUCAGUCUCUGUUCCGAUUUUUAAAACCCUUCCCGGUUCUCGUAUUUCAUGUUUUAAGCCUUUGUGUCCCCAUUAUUAGCGGUCAACUUCCCAGGUACCCUUGUGAUGAUAACCUUCUACGCCCUAUGCCAGUGGGCUCAUAGGCUCUGGUCUCCUGUCCUCUGUGUUCUAAGGACUCACAGCCCCUGCUUGCUUGACAAACUAUACCAUGAACUCCAUAUAAAAGUCUUCCUGGACAAGGUACGGGUCUAGAUACAUAUUGGGUCUAGUCGUCCUUCACUCAGAGCUAAAAGAAGGGACCCCUCCCCGCUGUGAGGGGUUGAGAUGACAUCAUCCCGACCCUAGAUUUCAUCACCCUCAUUCACUCCCUCUUCAAAUAUCUCUGGUUUUCAAACCUGUUCUUAGACUCUUCCACCCCCUUUUUCACAAGGUUCCUUCCGAUGGUUCCUUUGGGGUCAGCAGAAAUUGCUCCAUCCCCUCACUUAGUUCAGCAAACACUGCUGGUGGCUUUGAGCAACAUUUGCCCUUCCCCCUCAGGCCCCAGCUUUUGCAGUCUUAGGGAGGAAUGGAGGAAGAAGGGGAGAGAAAGAACCUGUGGCCAAAAACACAGAGAUAGGGGAUUCGGUCCCUAUUCCAUCCCUGUGAGAACUGCAUCUUUCUUCCCUCUGCAUCUCUAUAAACUGUGGCCUUGGGGGACUGCCACUCCGUGAUUCUCUGGGCACUGUUUCUAACUUUCAUAACUUUGUUAUGAAUGACUCUCUGGCUAUGGGAUCCCGGAGUGAAUUGGCCAGGGACUCUCGCCUUCAGAAAUCUGACCUAUAGGAUGUAAAGUUGAGUAACAACCAAUAGUUCACACCCAGGUCUAGCCACUUCUGUCUUCCAUGGGUACUUCUGCAUAGAGAUGAUAAUUGUAUACAUGGGAGUUGAUGAGUUCAAAAAGAGAGUGCAAUAUAUUGGAUUUAACAUAUAUUGGACUACUUGCCAUGGAGGGGAGUGCAUGGGAGAAGGGGUGGGGGAA